UCUUAUAUAUGGUCACUACUAGACCAAUAGCACUUGAUUUUAUCUUCCUCUUUAUCACUUACAUUCUGUAGAAAGGGUCAAUUUUUAUCCUGCACACUUAUCUCAUCUCAAUACCAAAGGCUAAGAAUGGCCAACCUUAAACUUCUCCACUUAGUCUUGCUGUGCUUCAUCUUAAUGUGGUCUGCACAACUUUCGCAAGGGGCCAGUCCUCAACGUGUUCUUCGUGGUUCAGUAGCACCGGAAAAUGACUUGCAGGUUCAUGACAAAGAGUGGAUUCGCAGCAAUGCAAGAAGGUUGAUGAUUGGCUCAGUAGCUCCUACUUGCACUUACAAUGAAUGCAGAGGAUGCAAGUUCAGGUGCAGAGCUGAGCAAGUUCCAGUGGAAGGCAACGACCCUAUGAACAGCGCAUAUCAUUACAAAUGUAUUUGCCAUCGGUAAUCAUCAUUUGUCUGCGGCAUUGUGCUUGUGGAAUGUAAGUUUAGUUGAGAAAUUUCGACCAGCCAGAAUCCGGAAAAAAUGUCUUGUCUAUUUGUCUAUGUCUAAGGUUAGCUGAAGUACUAAAUCUUUCCGUCAACUUGGAUUGUAUUAACAUUCUGAAAUGUAUGAAAAUUUUGGUCCGGAGAGUUUAUGAAUUUGUAUCCUUUUCUUCAUCUGCUAUAAAAAAACAUUGUUUUC